AUGGCGAGUGCCGGAGUGAUGAGCAGAUGGCGCAACGGUAAGAGCAAUAAAAAGAAGAAUCAGCGGCACUCCGACAGUGAAGCUAGGUCACACCAUUGGGAGGCCGCCAUAUGUGGACCAGGAGCUGUCAGUGAGAGCAGUGGAAGCAUGCUAUUUAGGACUAUCUUUGACCGUCUCAGUUUGCCAUCAGCCUCGGUCCCAGACCAUAAGAUUCUACGUUUCCUGGGGAAGUAUUUCGUCGAUUUAGAUAACUAUAAGGCAUGGAUGACGAAACGGAAUCAGUUGCGAGUGAAAAAGAUAAAUAAACCAUUCUCCUACAUGGAAUAUGAGUAUGGUAAAUCUGCUGCUGUAGCUUACUACACACUGGUACAUAAAGGAGGCGUGAGGUUCCAUGGUCACCAAGACUGGCUCCGGGUCGCCCAGGGGAAGAAUAGCACUGAGUUUUUGAAGUAUAAAGAUGUCCCAAUAGAAAGUGUGGAUUUGAGCAAUUGUGACGUGACCUGCACUGGCCUUGACCCUAUAUUGGAAUUGGAACAUUUACGUUUCCUGAACCUCAGCCACUGUCCUUACAUUGACGACUGGUCUUUAAGCCGCCUGAACGUACUUCAUCCUACGUUGGAAGUUCUCAUAUUGGCGGGAUGUCCUCAAAUUACAGAGCGAGGGCUGGCCUCCCUUCAUCACUUACAGAAACUUAAGCAUUUGGAUGUAUCAGACCUCCCCAAUGUUUCCCACAAGGGUUUAACCAGGAUACUUCUGGAGGAGGUGCUGCCAGCUUGUGAGAUUGUAGGGAUGGAGUACUCGGAAAGCCUGGAUGGAGAGACCAGCACCCCAUCUGAGACCUAG